AUGACAGUGAAGGAAACAGUCCAUGUGUACUCGGAUAAGAAAAGUAGUGAACGAUUCUAUAGAUUGUUACCAGCCUUCGGGUUGCUUCAGGGGGUAUUUUUCCUGGGUGUAGGGAUAAUAUCCUUGACCUCAAAAAUCACAGACGAAGAUAUUGUGCAAAUUAAACAAGAAAGUGAAUUUUUAGAAUGGUUGACUAUACGGCAAAAACGAUACCAGAAAGUUAUUGUUGGAGUUUAUCUAUUUGCCGCUGUGAUGUGUAUCGCCGUCUGUUCCAUGUAUCCAAGCAGAAUUAUCAAAAAUAUGUGGUUAUUGAAAGGAGGUAAUCAUAUCGCCGUGGAAACAUUCUCACGAUUUAAUAUGUUCAAAUAUUUAACAAUGCCGUUAGAUGAGGUGUCGGGAAAAAUCAUGAGGAAAGAAUCCACACACACUGUUCCGCUGAAAUUUAAAGAUAGGUACGCCAUGUAUGUUAUGCAUUUAGAUAAAGGUGUGUUACAUCGCCCGGAUCUCUUUGAUUAUCUCAUAGCCUUAAAAAGAGAAUUUCCAAAAAAUUAG